AUGGAUAUGAUGAUGGAGCUUGACAAGCUUCCUGACCCAUUUUCUCUCCCUUUCCAAGACCUUUCUGAUUCAUCCAUCAUGGAUUUAAACUUCUCCGGCGGAAAUUCCACCAUCAACCACCGUGCACCACCGCAUCAACUACUACAACACCCCAGUUACCCUACACCACAGUUUACAAUUUCCCAUGAUCAUUAUCCACGUGCGAGCUGGCUACAACAGAAGCCAGACUCCGUGGAGGCGAUGAGGGAAAUGAUUUUCCGGAUGGCGGCAUUGCAGCCGAUCCAAAUAGACCCUGAAUCUGUGAAACCACCAAAGAGAAGGAACGUGAAGAUAUCAAAAGAUCCACAGAGUGUGGCGGCGAGACACCGGAGGGAGAGGAUCAGUGAGCGGAUUAGGAUUCUACAGAGAUUAGUUCCCGGAGGAACAAAGAUGGACACAGCAUCGAUGUUGGAUGAAGCUGUGCAUUACAUGAAAUUCUUGAAAAAACAAGUUCAAGUAAUGGAACAGGCGGCUGUCGGAGGUGGUGGGGGAAAUAUACCGACGACUGGAAUCAACGGUGUUAUCGGAAUCUGUCCCACCACCACCAUGACUCAUCAUGACGCUAAUAAUUACCCGAAUGUAAUUAGAGCCUGCGGUGAGCCUAGUGCUCAUAUGGUGGGCUCUAUGGAGUUGCUCAAGUGA